ACAAAUAAACUCGUUACUUAAGAAAAAUGGCUGAUUUGGAUUUGCAGAGGAAGAUGGUGUCUCCCAAACUCCACGUCACCAUUCCGGAGCUGCUUAAGCUCUCCUCCUCCUCCUCCUCUUCCUCUGCCUCCGCCUACGAGCUCUACCUCCGUUUGCCGGAACUCAGGAGCCUCUGGUCCUCUCUGGAUUUCCCUCACUGGAUCUCCGAGCCUAUUCUCAAACCAGCUCUUCAAGCUCUUGAGAUUACUUUCCGUUUAAUCCAGAACGUUGCUUCCGACACACGUCCUUACAUCAACCGCCGUGAGUGGAUCCGACGGUUGGAUUCGCUCGCGACGAGCCAGAUCAAAAUCGUGGCCUCAAUCUCCGAGGAUGAGGAGGAGACGGAAUCGACGGCUCCGAUCAGCAACAGCUGGAGCUCGCUGAGUCUGUUACCGGAGAUCGCAACGUGUCGUGCAUCGGAGAGCAUUGGACAGAAGAUCUUGUGUACCAUCGAGAAUGAGAUGCGUUGGUGUAAGUAUACACUCGGUUUAGGUGAACCAAACCUCGCCGGAAAACCGUAUCUCCAAUACGACGUCGUUUGUCGCCCCGACGAAAUACACAGAGUCAAGAACAAUCCAUACGCCGAUCACAUUGAUAACAUGGAGAACCAAACACUAUACACUAUUCACCAGAUUUUUGAAUCUUGGAUUUACGCUUCCGUGAGUCUCUUGAACCGAAUCGUCUCGAGAAUCGACGAGGGAAAGUUCGAAAAAGCUUCUGCUGACGUGUACUUGCUAGAGACGAUGUGGAAGCUUCUGACAGAGAUCGAGGAUCUGCACAUUCUGAUGGAUCCAGAGGAUUUCCUCAAGGUUAAGAAACAGCUGCAGAUCAAAUCAACGUCUCAAAACGACGCGUUUUGUUUCAGGUCCAAGGGACUAGUGGAGAUGGCGAAGUUGUCGAAAGAGCUGAGACAGAAAGUGCCAGCUGUCCUCGAUGUGGAGGUGGACCCUACCGGAGGUCCGAGGUUGCAGGAGGCGGCGAUGAAGCUUUACUCGAGGAAGGCAGAGUACGAGAAGAUCCAUUUGCUUCAGGGGAUGCAGGCGGUUGAGUCGGCGGCGAAGAGGUUCUUCUUCGGGUACCAGAAACUGGUGGCGGCGAUGAUGGGGAGCGCGGUGGCGAACGCGAACAGAACGGCGGCGAGUCAUCACGAGUCGUGUGACUCGCUGACUCAGGUUUUUAUGGAGCCAACGUAUUACCCGAGCUUAGACGCUGCAAAGACUUUUCUUGGAGAGUUUUGGGGACAUCUGGUAUGCAGUGGACGACACUGACACAACUAAGGCAAACACUAUUUAAUCCAUAGCUGUAAACACUAUUGAAAUUUUUGAAAAAUUUAACGAUCCGUGUAUGAAUAUAUAUUUUUUGACAUAAACGAGUGUUUUCACA